AUGAAAUUAAAUGAAAAAACUGUAAUUAAAGGGAAUUCUGUUUUAUUAGUUCCUUAUGAAAUGUAUCACGUGCCAAAGUAUCAUAAUUGGAUGAAAUCUACAGAACUUCAAGAUUUAACUGCUUCUGAACCAUUAACACUGGAAGAAGAAUAUGAAAUGCAAAAAAAAUGGAGAAUUGAUUCUGAUAUUAAGUAUUUAUGUACAUUUAUUAUUUUAAAUAAAACAGUUUACGAGGAAUCAAAAGAUGAAAUCAAGGCCAUGAUAGGUGACACAAAUAUAUUUUUAUCCAAUGAUAAUGAUGAUGUGAUUGGAGAAAUUGAAAUAAUGAUAGCAGAAAAAAGUUUUAGAGGGAAAGGACUAGGAAAAGAAGCUCUUUUACUCAUGCUAAGAUAUGGAAUUCAGAAUUUAGGAAUAAAAAGGUAUGAUGCAAAAAUAGGGAUGAACAAUGAUAUAAGUGUAUCAAUGUUUUUAAAAUCUGGAUUUACAAAAGUAUGCGAAAAUAAAAUUUUUAAAGAAUUUACACUGAGCAAACCUGUUACUCAAUCUUGGAUUGAAUGGCUCGAAUGUCAAACAAAAUUUUAUAUUGAAACUCAAAAAUAA